ACGCUCCCGUCCCGUUUUAUCACGUGACUCGCCGUCGCAAUUUCGCUGGGGGCUGCCGGGUGGGCUAGAGCGGCCGUGGGCGGGCUCCACCGGCUUCCGGCGUUGAGACGGAACUUCCGGGGCGGGGAUCCGGGGCGAGGGAGGAGUGUCUGACAGUUGGCGCCGUCUGGAGGGUGGUGGGCGGCGCGAAUGGGCGCGGGCUCGGUGGGCCAGGCUGGCUGUGAGGAUGAGAUGUGUGUAUACUCAGUUCCUGACAUGAUAUGAACACUCAAUAGGAGCAACUCCAUGGGCAUCGGAAUCAAGGAGAACUUGUUUUUGAAUCCUAGUAAGGCUCUGGGGAGCAAGGUCAAGGACAGAGAGACGAUGGUCUCAGUGACUAUGGCCACUUCCGAGUGGAUCCAGUUCUUUAAGGAAGCCGGCAUUCCCCCAGGACCUGCUGUGAAUUACGCUGUGAUGUUUGUGGAUAACAGGAUCCAGAAGAGCAUGCUCCUGGAUCUCAACAAGGAAAUCAUGAACGAACUGGGUGUGACCGUGGUGGGUGACAUCAUUGCCAUCCUCAAGCACGCCAAGGUGGUACACCGCCAGGACAUGUGCAAAGCUGCCACUGAAUCUGUGCCCUGCAGCUCCAGCCCCCUCCUGGCUGAGCUACGUCGUGGCGCCCCUAGUGCUGCCUCCCGAAUGAUCACCAACAGCCUGAACCGAGAUUCCCCACCCGGCACUCCACCAAGGCGGCCAGACACCAGUACCUCCAAGAUCUCAAUUACUGUGUCCAACAAGAUGGCAGCAAAGAGUGCCAAGGGCUCUGCAGCCUUGGCCCAUAGGGAGGAGGAGAGCCUGGAGGUUCCCACCAAGCGGCGCCGGGUCACUGCUGAGAUGGAGGGGAAAUACAUCAUCAACAUGCCCAAGGGCACCACCCCCCGGACCCGCAAGAUCCUCGAGCAGCAGCAGGCGGCCAAAGGUCUGCACAGGACAUCCGUGUUUGACCGCCUUGGCGCCGAGACCAAGGCCGACACGACUACAGGGAGCAAGCCCACAGGAGUUUUCAGCCGUCUGGGGGCCACCCCAGAGAUGGAUGAGGAUCUGGCAUGGGACAGUGACAAUGAGAGCAGUAGCUCUGUCCUGCAAUACGCUGGUGUUCUGAAGAAGCUAGGACGGGGCACAGCCAAGGCCAGUCCCCAGCCAGCACUGACUGUCAAAGCUAAGGCCACAAGCUCAGCUAAGGCUACACCAGCUGCUGCCCCAACUCUGCGGCGUCUUGCCCUUUCUUCCCGCCCUGGGCUGGAGAGGAAGCCGGAGUCCCUGUCCAAAGUCAGCAUCAUCCAAAGACUGGGCAAGGCUGCCCUUGUUCCCGAGGCCCAGGACAGCCAGGUCACAAGCACCAAGAGUAAGUCUUCGGCUGAGGUCAAGGUCACCAUUAAGAGGACUCUGGUGGGGCCCCGGGGGAGCAGCUCCAGUGAGGGCCUCGGUGCCCAGAUGGACCAUGCGGGCACCGUGAGCGUGUUCAAAAGACUGGGCCGCAGGACCUUCUAGCUCACAUGAGGGCAGGGUGCGGGCCCCCCCCUGCUCCUGGCUCCAUCUGAGUCUGCCUGGAGGGCCUGCUCACCUCCCUGCCAGCUCUGGAUGGCACUGCUUGUCUCCUCUGGGUGUUGGCGCUGGGCCCAAGCCCUCUGGGCAUGCACCAGUUUUCCUGGUCUGGGUGGUCGCUGUGGCCUGGUCUUGCCUGCUCUGGGAAUUUCCCUUCUCUCCUGCCCUCUGUUCUCUGCUCUUUGGCCGUGGCCUUGGCAGAACCCACUUUCUCCCUAUCCCAAGGGCCCAGUGCCCUUCUCCUCUCCCCCAGCCCCCUUUCUCCCUCUUAGCAGCAUCUGCUGCCAGCUCCUCAGCUUCCUGUUCUCCAGCCACAGAGGGGUAGUCUCCUGGGGGCUCCUGGCUCCCUACACCCUGGCUUCCCUCACUCCUCUGUCCCUCCCCUGCUGCUGUAACAUCACUCUUUCCUCUCUUCACCCUGUUCAUUUCUCUUCUUUUUCUGUCCCUGUGGCAAGGCCUGACUGUCCGCUGUGUCCUGCCUGACCCUCCUGCACCUCCGGCCUCCCAGCAGCCCCCUCGUCGGCGGUGGCGUCGAGCCUGUAGAGACUGUUAGCUGCCCUCCACUCCCAGGCUGGAGGGAUCCCCAAGUCUUGGGCUGCAGCUGGGGCACCUCCAUUUUCCUGCCUUGGGCAUCUUUUUCUCUGAAAGUCUGUGGUGAAUGCUGGAGUGGGAAGGGAGGCCAGUUUGGAGAGAGAAGACAACAACUGUUUUAAUAUAUUUUUGUGAUUUCCAAACUGUUUCCCUCCCCUCCUUCAGGGUAAGCCACAGGUCUGGUUCCUUACCGAGCACAGUUCAGGCAGGGGUUCCCGGGGAUGAUGAGCCUGUCCCCAGGUUGGUUGGGCUCCUGCACGUGUGUGGCCCCACUUUGAGGGCAGUAAUGGGCACCAUCACAGUUCAGUGAGGCCCUUCCCCCAACAAGCUGCAGUGUUCUGUUACUACCCUACCUGGUGGAUUCCUAUUUCUGCCACUGCCUGUGGGUGGCUUUCCCACCAGGGGGCUCCACAGGUUUGGGAGUGGCUUCCUAUAGGUGUGGCUGGUUCUAGAAGCUGGGGAGCCUGUGGUGGGAGGGGUAGUCCAGGGCUGGGAGAGGGAACUUGGCACCUUGCGCUUGCACGGCAGGUGCUGGAACCACUGAGCUAAAUCCCCGGCUGGAUUUUAACAGCCAGAAGGGCUAACUGGGUGGGUCACAGUUACUGUAUUCAAGAGCACAUUGCCGGGGAUUUAGCUCAGUUGUUUCGAGUUGUUUUGCCACCUGCUGCACAAGCACAAGGACCCAAGUUUGAUCCCCGGUACCAAAAAAAAAAAAAAAAAAAAA